AUGUGGCUGGCAUGGCUAUUUUGGAGCUUCCUACUGAUUGCAUCCGCCCUACCACGAGACGGCCCAGCAAUCACAGCGGAUGACAGGCCCACGGAACUCCGAGACUUACAGAUUGUUGAGGUGGAAAGACGUAUACCAGAACCAAUCAUUGUCACAAUAACUCUGACUACGACCAUCAGCUUGGUACCGCCUGGAUAUUCCACGGCUCCGAUGACGACACAUACUCCAAUACCGUGGACGGUGCCGGGGGGUUCAUUACCACAGAUUACAAUUACGAGAAGCAGAACUCCAUUGACAAGUACGGCGGAUGCGACAAGUAUCACCCCGACGUCGAGCACAUCGCUCUCGACAUCUAGCGAAAUUGGGACAACGUCGACCUCGAGUAUUGGAGUGACGAGCUCGGCGGCUCCCACAACAGCACCGAGCACCUCGAGUACCACUCUUGCGAUCACGACAUCCUCAAGUGACCUAAAAACCACGUCAGCUGCCAUCACCCCGAGUUCAUCAUCGCCGCCGAUCCCUUCAGACCCAUCACCGAGCGCGGUCGAGGGCACAAGCGCAACGACGAGCUCAUCGGCGCCAGGUACCAGCACCGCGCUUGCACCAGCCGCGGGCCUGCAGGGUCAUUCGCUCGCCCCGGGACAGAUUGCGGCCGUCGUGGUGGGCGCGAUAGCCUUUACCAUUUUUGUAUCAGUGGUCGCCUAUCUCGUCAGGUUCGCCGUCAUACGACGACGCCAGAGCUCGGCCGAGAAGCGGCAGCGGUUGGACGGGGAAGACGCCGCGACCGCGCAACAGCGUUACUACCAAGGGGGAGGAGCUGCUCUUGCCGCUGCCGCCGCCGCAGCGAACAGAUCCAGGAGUCUCCACGAGGGCGAGUUUCGCAUCGUUAUUCGGACGCCUCCGCCAGCUGCCGCUGAAGAAGAGGAACAGAGGAUGAGACAGCUUUGGCCGAGUCCUCCGGGAGGUACGCAGAGGUUUACCUUCUUCUCGGGCCGGAGCACGACGACGGCCACAGAUUCGGCCACGGAUAGAGGUCAAUGGAGCCAGGGGACCGAGAAUGGAAGCAGCGGGCGAUCGCACGGAAACCGCAAUUCCUAG